CUCACCCAUACAACCAUCCAUUAAUCCAUUUUCUGAAAUCGCUUCUCCUAUUCAAGGUUGCGGGACCGACGCCUAUCCCGGAAGCAUUCAUACACCUACGGGCAAUUUAGUAACUCCAAUUCACCCCAGCAUGUUUUGGUCUGUGGAGGAAACCCCACGGCGACACGAGGACAACAUGCAAACUCCACACAUACGGAGCAAUGGCGGAGAGCCAUAAUAUAGGCCUAAUAUACUUAUACUUCGUGUCGAGUUGUAAAAAAACGGUAGGCUGAACUCGAAAGAAGCAUUGUCGGGGAGCCUAAUUUAAGAUACUUACUGAACUUUCGCAAAAUUAUAUUUCAUUUUGCUAGCGAUCAAAACACUGCAAACAUCUUUCAUUCCGGCUAAACUUUAUGCAUUACAAGUGUGACGUGUGAAACAAGAAUGAGCAACAAUGUUUGGAUUUAAUCUGAUGCAAUGUAAGAGUAGUGAUAUAUCUUAUGUGUGCUAUUUCCUCACCGAUGGAAAACUGGGUGACGCAAUUUCCUCGUAUGGAGGAGCCGGUUCUGACUUUCGGUUUCAAUUUUUCUUUUUUAGAACAACAUGCGCGUAGGCGUCUCAUUUGCGGAGGCGGCAGUGGUGUCAAGGUAUAAAAGUGCAUGGUUGUUAGAAACAGUCUGGAGUAAAACAUUAGCACCGUAAGCAAAUAAGCCAGCUUCGGUUAACGAACAUGCAGUGCAGUAAACCGCAGUUUGGUCAGUGGCUGAUCGAUCAGGUGCGAAGCGGACGGUACGAAGGGCUGAGAUGGGUGGACAGCAACAAGAUCAGAAUCCCCUGGAAGCACAACUCCAGGAAAGACUGCGGCGAUGAGGACAACAGGAUAUUCAAGGCAUGGGCCGAGGCCAGUGGAAAAAUAAACGAAAAUCCUACCGACAAAGCAAAAUGGAAAACGAAUUUUCGCUGUGCUCUGAACAUUCUCAAGCAAUUCAAAAUGGUAGAGGACCACUCGAAGGAGUCUGACGACCCGCACAAGGUCUACGAGAUUGUCAUGAAUGGAUAUAAUUAUAAAGACCAGAACAGUCAGGAUUUCUCCAUGAAUGUCGAAUAUCCUUUUAUCCAAGACAUUUAUAUCACAGAUCACUCCAUAUCUCAAGAUGAAAUGCAGGAGGCCUUGUCGAAUGACAUGCUUUCCCUGAAUCUCAACAACCAACCAGGAGAUGACUCCCAGUGGCAUGUGCCCUAUCCCAUCACCAGUGAUGCUGAGCAGGGCGGCUACCCCAGCCAAGCCAUGACCAUGGAAAUCCAGCAGAUUCCUCCGAGCCAGAUGCCGGUGGUGGUACAAGAGCCCUACUGCCCAGUGAAUCAGCCUGAAGUGUGUGACGUACCACCCUCACCUCCUUAUUACAACCUGGAGAUCAGCAUCUGCUACAGGAAGAAGCUCAUGCAGAGCAUCACAACCACGAGCCCCCGGGUGCAGCUCCACUUCCGAUGUGAGGACCAGACGCUGGGGGCUCAGUCCAUCUGCCUCCCCAGCACCGAGCACAUCCUGGACCGGUAUCAGGCCCAAUACACCAAUCGCAUCCUCAGCAGCAUCGAGCGAGGCCUCCUACUGGAGGUGCGGCCUACAGGCAUCUAUGGGCUGCGUCAAGAUAGGUGCCAUGUGUUUGCCUGCACCGGAAACCCCGCAGAGAUGCCAAACCCCCAGCCCAACAAGCUGCCCCAGAGCAGUGAGGUGGAACUGCUCAGCUUUGAAAAAUUUAUCAGGGACCUGAAAGAGUUCCAAGAGAAUAAACGAGGGUCCCCAGAGUAUACAAUCUACUUAUGCUUCGGAGAGAAAUUUCCGGAUGGAAAGGCCGUGGAUAAGAAGUUAAUAACCGUCAAGGUGGUGCCUCUGGCUUGCCGGGACCUCCAUGAGAAAGCACAUAUGGACGGAGCCUCCUCCUUGCAAGGCGAUGCCGUCAGCUUACAGAUCUCACACAACAGCCUCUUUGAUCUCAUAAACUCCACCUUCGGCCUUCCAAUCGCCUUUUCCUGAAGACCAUCCCACCCCCAAAUGCCUCGUCUGCUCUCAGAUGCCAUCUGGGCUCUUUUGUUUCUCUGCCCAGUUAGUCUAUCCAGCGUUUCCCAAUCUGGUCCUCGGGGACCCAAAGACAGUCCACAUUUUUGCAAAAAUGUGGACUGUCUGUCAAGGUGCUGGGAGGGAGCAUAAAUGUGGACUGUCUGUCAAGGUGCUGGGAGGGAGCAAAAAUGUGGACCGUCUGUGGGUCACCGAGGACCGGGUUGGGAGACACUGGUCUAUAGACCCAGCAGUCAAUGUGUAAUUCUUCUUAUCUUUCAGACCUUAGAAAGUAUAAAAUUACAUGCUGCACUUAAAUAAUAGAAUCUACAGAAGCACAUAUAAACUGAGGCGCAACACUUUUUUUGUAUGGUUUCUAGAAAUUCAUGCUGAAAACACUCCUUUCAGAAGCACACAGUGGAAAUGUUUACAGCAAUGGUAGGUGGUAUUCAUUUGCAACAGUUUUUGGGCAAAGAAUUAACAGCUACUCUGAAAUGGAAAAUAUCAGCACUUGAAUACUUGAAUUGUGUAUCUAAUCUUUAUGUAAAUGGAUGUGAGAUAUUUGUAUUUGACAUAACUUCUUAAGUAAGUGUAACAGCUAAUUUUUAAAGGCUGCUCUGCUAUCUGCUGUCCUCUCACUGAAUGUCUUCUAAGAUUUUCUUUACAAACUACAUUCCUUGUGUCAAUUUACCUGCAGUGAAAAUAAUAAAAGCCCAAAACUUGA